GUCAGGCAUCGACCAAAUUGGUUAUAAGCAAAGGCAGCUCUACUGGGUGACAAACUUUGCUAAGGUUUUUUUCAGCUGUUGCUUUUUCCCUCAAGGCUGCUUGAAGGGCACCUCUGCUGUAAUGGGGAGGCAAAAGGAUGUUCUUGCCACUAUUGAGGAGCACCUGAGAAUCAGAAACAAAUUAGUGCGGCAAGCGCUGGCUGAAUGCCUGGGAACGCUUAUCCUGGUGCUGUUUGGCUGUGGCUCUGUCGCCCAGAUUGUGCUCAGCAGAGGGACUCAUGGAGGUUUCCUGACUGUCAACCUGGCCUUUGGCUUUGCUGUGAUGCUUGGCAUUUUGAUCGCAGGACAGGUAUCAGGUGGACAUCUGAACCCAGCUGUCACUUUUGCCAUGUGCUUCUUGGCCCGGGAGCCCUGGAUCAAGCUACCAAUUUAUGCCCUAGCACAAACCCUGGGUGCUUUCCUCGGAGCUGGCAUAGUCUUUGGGCUAUACUAUGAUGCCAUCUGGGCUUUUGGCAAUAACCAGCUGUUUGUAACUGGACAGAAUGGCACUGCUGGCAUCUUUGCCACCUACCCAUCUCAGCACCUGAACAUUGUGAAUGGAUUCUUUGACCAGUUCAUUGGCACCGCCUCCCUGAUUGUUUGUGUUUUGGCUAUUGUCGAUCCCUACAACAACCCUGUCCCCACGGGGCUAGAGGCUUUCACAGUUGGCUUUGUUGUCCUCGUUAUUGGAACCUCCAUGGGCUUCAACUCUGGCUAUGCUGUCAACCCUGCCAGGGACUUUGGGCCUCGUCUCUUCACAGCCAUUGCUGGCUGGGGCACUGAAGUGUUCUGGACGGGUAAACAGUGGUGGUGGGUUCCAAUUGUUGCUCCUUUCCUUGGGGCCAUUGCAGGAGUGAUCGUCUAUCAACUGAUGAUUGGAUGUCACGAUGAGCCUUCUCCACCUGCCUCUGAGCAGGAAACAGUCAAGCUGGCUAAUGUGAAGCACAAGGAAAGGGUCUGAGGAAGCUGCCACACAGAUCUGGCAGAUACUCAUUACUCAGGACUGCAGCUGACAUAGAGGAGGAAGGAGUUAAGAGCUUCAAGAACAACAGGAAGUUUUUUUCCUGUCUCAAUAUAUUCUAGCCUUUUGUGUGUGUUUGUGUAUAUCCCUUAUGCAUUUGCUUUGGGCAUUUUCCUGUGGGCCUUUCCCCAAGUUUAGUAACAUGUAAUCUUUCCCUAGUAGAAGGGGGUUGAGGACUGUAGCAGUCAGAAGUGGGCAUUGCUGUUGAACACUUCUUGUGUGGACCAGGUUUUCAGGAGUCUGGAGCUCUUUUGGGCUGUGUUGCCAGCCUUGCCUAUGAACUUGCCAAGCUGCUUCCCUGGAAAUCUAUGUCCCCAUUUGUACAGUGGAGAUCAUGCUGAACUGAAAUUGUUUUGCUAGCAUGGAAUGGAAACCCCCACAUAUAAAAAAAAUUGCCCAUGAUUCUAUUUUGCAUCAAAUUCAUGCUUGAUAUUUCUCUGAAGUCACUAACUUGACGCCAGGAACGAAGUUGUCUAAAUGAUCUUUAUUGGUCAAACUUUUUAUAUCUCCCAUGAGUCUUAAGAACACUGUGUCAAUGAGCUGACCCCUAAUGUCAGAGCAGAGAGUAAGAAUGCACUUCCUUAAUAAUCCCUUAAUUUAGUAUUAAGACAGAGUGUUUACAAACUACUGUACCCUGGUGUUCUAACAACAAUUUUUACUAUUGCCAACUCCUAGAAGAUAAGACAUGGGAAAUCUUUCUAGCCAGGGGCUAACCUGGAAAGAAAUCCUGGCUCCCUGUAGCAGCCUCUCUAGUUAAUCAGCUUUGUAUAUAAGCUGCAAGCAGCUAAAAGCCAAGUUCCGCUGGAAACAUGGUGUUGCUCAAGUUGUGUGUGUUCAUGUAAAUUUUGCAAUAGUGGUUUUUUAAAAAUAGAUUUAUAUAAAAAUAUAAUCCAUAAAGUUGUUACUAGAUACCAGGAUUGGGAUGAGUUAAUUUAAACAUGUCAGAACUGCCUACCUAGUCUCUGACAGCUUUGGGGAUACUUCUGGAUUUUCCUGGGGUGGCCUUAGAUCACAGCAUUAUGUUGGAGCACCUGUUUUCUACCUUGCAGAAUUACUGAGGUAUCCCUGUUACUCAUGAACUGAGAUCAGGUACUUCCUGUAUUACCAGUGCUGGCUUCUCAGGGGAUCUCUCUCUCCCAAUGCCAUGUUAUUACAGAGUAUUUGAAAUAAGCACUAUCGGUUGUGAAAGAAUUUCUAAGUCACAUGCAUUAGAGAAAAAGCCUGUUUCUUUAAUGUGUGAAUGUCUUAAAAUACAUAACUUUACACAUUUCCAGUCAUUAAAAUGAUGUAUUCUUUUUUUUCUGAUUAAAAAAUAAAAUGUUGAUACCCACACUGUUAAA